ACUUCGGUCUUACAGUACACACACAUUGCACUUCCAGGCAGUUAAUUACAAAACAACCAAUUCUUUCAAUAUGCAAUUCGCCGUAGUUUUCAUUGCUCUGUUCGCCGUGGUCUUGGCUGCUCCCAUCGACGACUCAAAGAAUGCACAAAUUUUGAGAUACGAAAGUGACAAUAUUGGGGUUGAUGGAUAUAACUUUGCGUAUGAAACAAGUGAUGGUGUAUCCCGUUCAGAAAGUGCUCAACUCAAAAAUCCAGGAACAGAAAAUGAAGCUAUAUCUGUUCGUGGUACUGUUUCUUGGGUUGCUGCCGAUGGUCAAACAUACACUUUGAAUUAUUUGGCUGAUGAAAAUGGUUUCCAACCUGAAGGUGCUCAUUUGCCAGUUGCCGCUUAA